CAGAGACGAUCAGACGAAUGGCUGGCCUCUCUACCCACACCCAUGCCAAGGCAUGAGGAUGAUGUUGUCCUUGUCCACAGUGCACAGACACUGGUGCACCGUGAUGCACAGUCGCACACAGGCACACAGCCUUCUUCACGAAGCCAUAUCCCUCAUUCCCCUCUAUAUAUAAGCCAGCAAGCUGCGCCAUGUCAUAUCCCCCGCUAAACUCUCCGCCCGCGCAGCCUUGCACUCGCGUCGCACAUAUCGACCCAUCCAUCCGGCACGCAUGCAGGCGCAGCAGGCCAUGGACGAGCCCGCCAACGCGCAGCUGUACGGCCACGCUCACGCGCACUCGCACCACCACCGGAGCAAGCGCCCGUCGCCCGGUGGCGGCGGCGGCGGCGCGGCGACUCUGGGCGCGGACGGUGGCGGUGGCGGCGGCUCUCUCAGCGGGACGCGGUACCGCGGCGUGCGGCGCAGGCCGUGGGGACGGUUCGCAGCGGAGAUCCGGGACCCGGCGUCCAAGGAGCGGCGCUGGCUCGGCACGUUCGACACCGCCGAGCAGGCCGCCUGCGCCUACGACGUCGCCGCGCGCGCCAUGCGCGGCACCAGGGCGCGCACCAACUUCCCCGUCCCCGCCGCCGCCGGCUUCCCGGGGGGAGGCGGCGGCGGGUGCUGGCCGUGGGUUAACAUCCCGCCGCAGGGCGCGGCGGCGGCGGCGUCGCACCAGCAGCCGCUCAACACGCUCCUCCUCCACAACCUCCUCAUGAGCUCCUCCCCCCACGGCUGCCUCCUCCUGCACCACGCCGGCCACGGCCACGGCCACGCCCAUUCCCAUUCCCACUCCCACAGCCGCGCACACAACCCCAGUACUCGCCCACCCACCUCCGCGCCGCCGCCGCCUCCACCUGCCGCCGCCUCAUCCGCCACGACCGCGCCGGCCACCACGACAGGCGCCGCAGCGACGUCCGCGCCGGGAGCGGACGACGACGCGUGGGGCUUCCUCCUGCGACGUGAGCCGCCGGAGGCGGGGCUCCUGCAAGACGUCCUGCACGGGUUCUACCCGACCAGGCGGCCGCACGACGACGCGGGGCCGGCGCCGAAGCUGGAGCGGCCGUACGAGGCGACGUCGUCGUACCGCGUGUCCUCCCCCUGGGGCGCCGUCGAGGACUGCGACGACGGCGACGGCGACGGCGACGACGACUACCGCGGGUUCCCGAUGAUGCCGCAGGGGCUCCUCGAGGACGUGAUCCAGUGCCCGCCCUACAUGGAGGUCUUGGCGGCGCCGUCGGCCGCCGUCGGCCGCGUCAGCCGCAGGGGCUGAGCCGAACCGGCGACGUCGAGAUCUCCGCCGCGCGCAGCCGCUCAUGGCGCGCGUGCAUGCAUGCGUCAAUGCGGGCGCAUUUUGCUUCGCUAUCCUUUGUUACUAUCUGCAUCUUCUCUAAUCUUGCUGAGAUUACGGUGGUGUUCUGUGUACUAGUUUAACUUGGGAUGAUUGAUAUCUUGGCUAGUACUAAUUCCAUGCAUGGCCUUCUUGAAACUUGAUCUUGUUGAAAAAAUGAAUCUUGAUCUUA